UGCUGAGAGAGGCACCCCCCGAAUCCCAGAUCCCUGAAUUCCAUGGGGCUGCCCCGCUGACGGGAUGGGGCGGCUCUGCCUGCUCCUGGUAGCUCUUUCUGCCGUGGCGUCUGCACAAGUCACCACAGAAACGACAGAACCUCCCAAUACUCCGACUGGGAACACCUCAGUGACACCGGGUCCCAGAGGGCUCCGGCUGGCGGGCGGCCGGAGCCGCUGUGAGGGCCGGGUGGAGCUGGAGCAGGAGGGGACGUGGGGGACAGUGUGUGACGACGGCUGGGACAUUCCCGACGCCAACGUUGUGUGCCGCCAACUCCAGUGCGGCCACGCCGUGAGAGCCCACGGCAACGCCGCCUUCGGCCGCGGACACGGCCCCAUCCUCCGGGAUGAGGUGGGAUGCGAGGGACACGAGCGGGACCUCUGGGAAUGUCCGGCCGAGCUGGAGCACGACUGCAACCACAAGGAGGACGCUGGCGUGGUUUGCUCAGAACACCAGGAGUGGCGGCUCUCCGGAGGCCGGGAUGGAUGUGCUGGCAGGGUGGAGGUGUUUUUCCGUGGCACGUGGAGCACGGUGUGUAACAGCACCUGGUAUGAGAUGGAGGCCACGGUGCUGUGCCGGACACUGGGAUGCGGGGAUGCGCUCCAGCGGCCUUCCUUUGGACACACGCUUCCUGGGAAGAUGGUGUACCUGUGCGGGAGCCUGCAGCCCUCGCUGGCACAGUGCCAUUGGAUCUUCAAUAAAUCUGCUCCAUGUUACCAAUCCUGGGCCGCCGGGGUCAUCUGCAAUGGCUCCCAGGGUUUGGAGAUGCCGACGACCAUGGCUGAAGUGACGCCCAGGAAUGUCACUGUCCUGCAUGCCGAGGAGGAGACCCCAACCCUGGGGACACCACCACAGGACAGUCCCCUCUUUGUCCUGUGCCUGGUGCUGGCGGCGCUGCUCCUGCUCUCCGUGCUGGCCUUUUCCACCGCCCUGCUGAGGCUGAGGAAGAGGAGCGGUAAGGAAUUCUGAAUCCAGACACCGGCUUGGGACACAAUCCGCAUUUUGGGCUCAGCUCAGCCAUGGACUGGGUGCAUUCCUUUGUCCCCACAGCCAUGUCCUCUUUGGGAAUACCCACACCAGUCCAGGUGACCUACAACUCCCGGAGCCCCAACGCACCCUCUGGGAUCCCCAAUGACUACAGGGAGACUCCCAACAGCCUUCCCAAAGAAUCAGACUAUCUGAUCACAGCCAUUUCCAAGGAUUCUGAUUCCGACUCGGAAUAUUAUGAGUUCAGCAGCAAGCCUCCCAUCGCCCUGUCCACCUUCUACAACUCCCUGCGCCGGCACUCCAGGGAAGAUUUUCUCCCUCUGAGACCCAGUCAGGACAGGAUGGAGUCAUUCCCUGAGGAUGCACCAGCCAGACCAGGUCCCCCACUC